GCCAUGCUCGGCUGAAUGCAAUGAAGUUUUGGACUUGGGGGACGUCCAAACUUAGCCGAUCUUUAAGCUUUAAACCAUCCACUAAGGUAAUUGAUUUAGUCAUUUAGGACGAUCUAACUACAAAGGGGCCCAUGAAGGUUUUUGUAGUAAUGAAAUGCAUAAGCCUGUCCUGGUCCCCUAUUAGGACCAUUUCCAUUUGAUAUCCACACUCCCUCCCCUCUCUCCUCCUGGUUUUUAAGAUUUUUUGGGACAUGCUAAGAUUUAGGGCCUGUUUACAUGGAGGUAGGGGAACCCAGGAAGGUGAGGUAGCCUGCUAAGGUGGGGUAACCCUCCUGUCCAUAUAAUGUCUCAUUUUAAUUUGAUCAUAUUUUCAUGACAGGUGGGGUGACUGGGGUCCCGGGGGGGUACUCCCAUACAAUACCUAUACGGGUAUGUGCCACCCAACGGGGUCGUGAUUUUGAAGCUCCUCAUUUAGAACGGGGUACCAUUUCAGAGGCUUUUUCUAGAACGGAGUAUGAUAUUUCGAACGCACGAAAGCUCCAGUUUUGUAAGCAGCCAUUUGAAAUUAUUCAAGGACAGAUUGCUUUUAAAAAUACGUUUCAAUGCGUUAACAAGCAAACUGUUGUACUCUCGUUGCACCCUGUGUUUUAGCGUGCAGGGCGGGCGUAUUUUGGCGCGAGCGACCUGCGAGCGCUGACUCCGCCAUCUUGGUUAAAUAGGAGCGCGGAAGUCUGGAACGAGUCCAUAAUAUACCCGAGGGAGAUGGAGACGGGCUCAAAAGAAAGGGACAGGGCAGGAGAAGGAAAAUUGUUAGCUUACAAGCGUAGUUCUGUGCGUGGUGAGAGAUUUUGCACCAUAAUUUUGCACCUUAUUUGUUCGACUUAUACAUCAAAUAAAUACUUCUUCAUAAUCAUCCGGAGUACGUUUCCUGUGCAUGUGGAUACAAUGCGGUUAAUUAUUAACCGCAUUGUAUCCACAUGCACAGGAAACGUACUCCAAUGCGGUUAAUUAUUAACCGCAUUGUAUCCACAUGCACAGGAAACGUACUCUGGAUGAUUAUGAAGAAGUAUUUAUUUGAUGUAUAAGUCGAACAAAUAAAGAAAUAUCUUUUUAAAAACACAGGGCUAUUUCAAUUUACAAACUUUCUAGAACGGAGAAUAAAAAAUUGGUUUAUUUCUAGAACGGGGUAUCAGUUUUAGGGCGAAUUCUAGAACGGGAUAUAAAAAAUUGGCCCAUUUCUAGAACGGGGUAGCAAUUUUAGGGAAAAUUUUUUUUAGAACGGGGUGCCAAUUUGGAGUCCUGGGCGGCACAUACCCACCCAAAAAAUACCCAAGUGCCCGCCGGGUCUGGGGUCCCCCACCUCCAUGUAAACAGGCCCUUAGAAAGAGUCUUCAUGUGCCAAUAUUUGAGGUUUAAAAUACUUUUUGUGGAUCUGCUUUUAUAACAACAGGAAAGACAGUUUAUUGACUGGAAAAAGGUAGUUUUAAAAGCAGGAGAUGGUGGAAAUGGAUGUGUGCACUUCAGAAGAAAAAAGUAAGUUUGACUGUAAAACAUACAGACAUUAUUAUACUCUGAUCUUACAUUUUAUUUGAAGCUCUAGCAUCAAAGAUAGCGAGUCGAAUAUAAGGACACUUUGCCAAAAAAAUCAAUGGCUCCAAUUGAAAUCUUUUUAAUAAUCUCUUUAACACUUGAUUCUAAUGAGUCAAACACUGCUGAAAUUGUAUCCUUCUUGUGCCAUAAAGAUAAUUGGAAUACCUAUUUUAGGUUUAAAUUUCAUCGUCUCUUACAACUGUUUCGGAUAACAUGCGAGCUGCAUUGUCAAAAACGUUUCGGGAUUUUGGGUUUUUCUUCCACGUCAAUCAAACCGUUACCAUAUAUAGCAUCUAAACAUUGCUUGUCAAAUAAAGUCAGCAAUGAUGAGCUGAAGCUUCAAAAUUUAAUGUUGGCCUCAAUGUACCAGUUUGUUUUCACCCUCCUAUAUCUGUGUUUCUUCUGGGUUUGGAAGCUCUAUAGGAACAAUUUCACCUGGGGAAUCUAAACUUGCCAUGUUUUAGUAAGAAGGUAAAAAAACUUGAGAACUAAAACGUGAAAACACGCGAACUUGUGAAGUUCAAAAGCAACAAACCUUAAAACCAAGAAACACACAAAACGGAUCAAAAUCCACCAAAUUAAUCACAAAUCACAAACCAUGACCUUUCAAACCCACUGAAGUAAACUUCUGUUUCCUAAGAGGUCCAGUGCAAAAGUGCAUAGCCUUCAGAUUUUGAUCAUUGUCACAGAAAAACCCAGAAUCCAAAGACGUUUUUGACCUCGCAGGUCGUGUGCUUUCUGAAACAGCUGUAAUGUGUAACUUACUAGAUUCCAACCUAAAGCUGGCCCCGACGGUGGUGAUGGGGGCCGAGGUGGGAACAUUGUGCUGGUUGCAGACUAUGCUGUGAAAGAACUAGCCCAUCUUCCAAAGCACAUAAAGGCAGAAAAUGGUGGAGCUGGCAGGGGAGAAAAUUGCAAAGGCAGAAAUGGUUCUGAUCAGAUAUUUGAGGUAAAAUAAAAAGAGCAGAAGAAACUUACUGAGUGUGAGACUGGGAUGGUGUUGCAUCGAAUAAAUUACUGCUAGCAGUUCUUUUAUUGGAUCUUAUUAUUGAAUUUAUUGACACACAGAUUGGUGGAAAUGCCGAUCCACCUUCCUCACGCAUGCUGUGGAAGAACUGCCAAAUGGUUCCCAGUCAACAGCUACCACAUAAUAGACCUUUUUACCGAUACGGCGGCCAUAUUGAAUUAAUUUGAUUUAAGGAGUAUUAUAGGAUGCCCAGGGGGCAUGAGUACAUUUCGUUUGUAUUUUAGAGCGCUUCUGGGGACAUUUUUUCUUAAAGUUUUCUUAGAAUAAGAUUGUAAUGGGAAAAAAUAUCCCUGCGCCGUGUUUUGAUGUAUAUAAUGAUCACCCUUUUCCCGAGAAAUAUACAGUGAAAGACCAUAUUUCUAAUACUAAACUGGAAAAAGGUGAUCAUUAUUACAUCCAAACAUGGUACAAGGAUCUUUUUUCUCAUUACAAUCUUAUUCUAAGAAAACUUUAAGAAAAAAUGCCCUGAAAAGCGCUCGAAAAUACAAACGAAAUGCGCUCAUGCCCCCUGGGCUUCCUAUAAUACUCCUUAAAUCGAAUUAAUUCAAUAUGGCCGCCAUAUCGGUAAAAAGGUCUAUUGACGUUGUGUGGAGCUGGCACUGAAAGGAAUGCUUUGCACUCACCUCGGCAGUAAAAGGGCCUAUGCUUCAUGGCUUUGUCUAUUCAUAGGCCUAAAGGCUCUGCCAUGCCAAUGAGCCUCAAUAAGGGCAAAACAACUGUCCAUGGCUGCCAUUGCUCAUGGCUGUGCGCAUGCAUGAGGUAGAGGCCAGGCCGUUGGUUGGUUUACUUGCCACUUACCAUUAGUUUGUCUUAUUACAAGAUUGCAAAGGAAACUGGGUCAAAGUGCAUCUCUGAAAACAGUGCCAUAGUUCAAUUUGUCGUACAUUUGUAAUACCAACCCUGUCUUACAUGGAUCCUAAGCCAGAGGUGAAUGGGAAACCAAUAUAUCGUCUGAUACACCUAAAAGAGACUCGUACUCAAGGUAUAAUUUCCCCUGGUUUCCGACAAUAUACCUAAAGCUAGAGAAAGCAUAGAAUGCUACAAUGUAUGUACCAAAAUUAUGUACUGUUUUAGCUAACACUGAGUAUUCUUUACCCUGAUUAAAAUGAAAAACGUUUAUACCAUUUAUCCAAACCAUGGCUAACCCUUAAUCCUAUUUUCACCCUUUUGAAUGUAGUUGUUUUCUUUGGACUGUUUUCCUACUCACAUGCCUUAUCAGUAACUGUGCUCACAUUGUUGCUGUCUCCUCCUUAAAUGUUCUACUUGUAACUGGUAUACAUGUAUGCUUUAAUGGAGCCAAAACCAAUUAUUGUGGGAUUGCACACAUAUUAGGCAUCCCACUGAUGAAGAGUUAAGGUUAAGACAACUUGCGGCCUGUCUUAUUUGAAUUGUAAGACUAAAUGUAAAAGAUCUCAGAUGACUUACUUCUAGCUUAACCAGCUGUUCAUUUUUAGGUUCCUCUUGGAACAGUGGUCAAAGCAAAUAGUCAAGUGAUUGCCGACAUGACAUCCGAGAGGCAAACCUUUGUUGCUGCCAAGGGAGGACUAGGGGGACUUGGAAACUCACACUUUAAGACUGCUCUGGAUCAAGCACCUAAGCUGUCUUCUGAUGGAACUCCUGGAGAGGAGAAAGUUGUAGAAUUGGAACUCAAAACCAUAGCUGAUAUUGGUUUGGUAAGCAAAUUCUGAAAAGGAAUAGUCAUCACCAAGGCCCUGUUUUUAUGGAGAAAAGUUACCCUGGGAAAGAGGAUCACCCUCCAAGCCAAGUCAACUUUAGCGAGCAUUUAUAUGAGAAUGGAGUUAACCCCUUUGCCUGAGCCAAGAGCUGACAACAGUGCUUGCACAUGCUCUGAUUUUCUUGCCUUGACCAAGUUGACCUGCCUGGGUGAGCCAAAGUGUUCACAUGGAGAAUAUUUGGCCUGGCUAGGAGGGUGACCCUACUAUCGAAAAAGGGUGACCUGGCUAAGUGGGUCACCCUUCUGGCCAAGCCAACUUUUUGCUUCUCGUGUAGACGGUUUGCCAAGUUUUGUAAGGAUAUAUAAUGAAAAGUUGGCUUGCCCAGGGUACCUUGGGUAGGGAAGUGACCUUUCCUCUCAGAACAAGUUUUCUCUGCAUCCCUCUACUGCCAUGCAACACAAGUGAGGCAAGAGUCUUGAAAGAAGAAUAAAAAAGACUAUUGGCCUUUGAGAGAGACUGAGGCUCAAAGGAAAUCUGAAAAAUAUCUAUUUCCCUUAUAAUUCUUGUCCUCCUCUUUCGGUAAAUAUGUUAUCCGCUUGUGUGAUGUCAUGUACAAUUUAGAGUCAUUUAAUGAUUCUUCUUUAGAUGAUUCCCUCUAAGAAACAGGAGCAGAUGAAAUAGGACUUUUAAUAUUUUAAGCUCAGCGAUAUGAAACCAGAUCUUGAUCUCCGUGUUGUUCUCAACAUUUCCUUUUACAAGAAAUUUCACUCUUAAAUGUUAAACACAGCUUCCAAGUGUUGACAAGACAGUGUCUGAAUGGUCACCAGCAAAAGCAGUAAUGCUUAUUAUAGUAACCUUGUAAGGGACCAAAAUCUCAUUUUUUUGGACAUGGUAGGGGUGGGGGUUGUAUAGAAGUGGACAACCAUAAUAGAUUGCUAUGACCAAAAUUUCAUCCUCAUUUUUUGUUGUCCUUUAGGUUGGUUUUCCCAAUGCGGGAAAGUCCACUCUUUUAAGGGCAAUUUCCAGAGCAAAACCUGCCGUUGCUGCCUAUCCAUUUACAACAAUAAACCCUUAUGUUGGUAUUCUGGAGUUUGAUGAUUACUCGCAGAUUGCAGGUAGCUCUGAACCUCUUUUGCAAUAAAUCAGGCUGUUGCAGGUUGCGAAAAGUUGUUGCGGAAAGUAGAGAGUAGAUCCACUUUUUGUAUCUUUACAUGUUGCGUGUUUUACCCGCCCAACCCUCGUGUGACGUGACGUGGCUCCCGCGUAAUUUUAUCCAAUCAGAAGUCAGUAUUCACGCAUCUUGCAGCAACCUGAUUUGUUGCAAGACAGGUUUGAACGCGGUUGGUAAUUCCAUAAAGCACUUGUUAGUAUCUUUCCCAUUACUCCUCUGUUUCUGAAACUUCAUUGAAACACUUAUUGCGUUCUUUCUCUUUUUUCCCUUUCGAAACCACAGGGAAAAUUUCUAGUUGUUUACAUAUGCCGGAAAUGCACAUAGAAUAAGCAGUUUUUCCUUUUGUUAAGUGUUCCCUGAAUUACGUGCGCUUCGGGCGCGUAGGUUUGUGUCCGUUAAACUUGCGCGUGACGUAGGGCGCGUGCUUUACGGAAAUACAGUCGAACCUUCCGUAAGGUACCACCCAAAAUGCAAAGACUUAGUGGUCACUUACGAAAAGUGGUCGCUUACGAGAAAUCGAAUCACCGGGGUCUCUUCCGAGAUGUCCGGACAUGCAAGUCGCUUACAGGAGGUGGUCGUGUACGAGAACCUUCCAACUGUAAGUCUUUGACUGGGAAAGUUUUGGUUGCAAUUUACGAGCGGUGUUCCCAAAUAGAAGUUCGACUGUAUAAUAAGUAUAGGUAAUCUGAUAGCAUGAUUUGUAGUGAUAUUUGGCAUAAAUACCACGAGUGAUAUUUCGAAAUUGUUAUACCCAAUUUCACGAGCCGUUAGGCGAGUGAAAUUUGUGACAAUUUUGAAAUAUCACCAGUGGUAUUUAUGCCAAAUAUCACGCACAAAUCACGCUAUUAUUUGUUAAUACUACUACCCGCAAAAGAUUUGUAAUUUUCACAUGUAAGCAUUCCAAAUUAAGCUGAAAUACCACUUCUCUAAGCCAAUCAAAUUGCAGACAUUUCUCAUGUAGUAGAAUAAAUGCGUUAAGACGAAUUAUAGCGCUGGUAUUUCUUUGAACAUUUUUGUAAAACUUUGUAAACUAAAUAAUCGUUUUCUCUUUUACAGUUGCGGAUAUUCCUGGUUUAAUAAGUGGAGCCCAUCUCAAUAAGGGACUGGGACAUGCUUUUUUGCGUCACAUUGAAAGAUGUCGUUGCUUACUCUACGUUUUGGACGUUUCUCAGCCGGACUCAGUAAACACAUUUGAAUGUUUGCGGGAGGAGUUAGAGCUUUACAAAGAACAACUCUCUCAAAGACCUGGAGCUAUUGUAGCCAAUAAGAUAGACAUGGUUGAUUCUGAACGUGAAAUACAGAGACUUGAAGAGACAUCACCACUACCUGUUAUUCCAGUAUCUGCGAAGUACGGGACUGGUAUACCAGAAUUUAAAACUAAACUGCGGAAAUUGUUUCAUGACUCCCUUGUAAUAUUUUGACCGUAAUUAUUUAUUCUUUGUGAAAGGUUUGAACCUAGGAGUCAUUUGAUCGUCUGGGUGACCGUAGUCCUGAAUAGGACUGUUGUUGUUGACAGUGGCUGAC